AUGGGGCCUAUACCCAGAAGUGGUGGUGUUGACACUUCUGAGAAUUCAUCAGCACUCUACGUUGUAAAUGUUGAAAGAAAUGGAAAAGUUAUUUAUACCUGGAAGGGAAAUCAGAGAAGCACUCACAUUGGAUUGUAUGAUCUUCAAACUAAACAAAAUGAGCACCUCUAUAUGUUUGAGAAGAAUUUGCACAUAAUAAGUUGUUCAAUCAACAAUGAAAGGACCUUAUUGGCAGUCAGCUUCUGUCAAUAUACAGAGGAAGAAAAAGCAAGUCAGCUCUUACAGUCAGUAUCCAAGUACUUAACCUUGCUAAUUGAAAUUCAUCCCAUUAAUAAUGUGAGAGUCCUAAAGGCUGUGGAUAGCUGUGUUCGAGUACAGUUUCUUUAUCCAGUUGAAGGCAGAAAUGCUUCUAGAGAAAGUCGUCUCUUGCUAGUUUCAGAAGAUAAAUAUAUUGAACACUUUGACAUUCAUGUUGUUGCAGAAGAAGAACACAAAGUGGUGAUUCAAAAGUCAGGUCAGCUUCCAAGAGCCAAAGUUGUAGAUGACCUCGUUUGGGCACAGUGGGAUAUGAUGGAGCAAAGACUCUUCUACAUUGUUCCAAAGGAAUCAAAGAGUACUUUAAGGUGUGUCCAGUUUUAUCCCGAUGAAAAUUUUAACUCAAUUCUGGAAUCACACCUGGAUAUUGCUGUAAAUGACACACAAUUAAAACUUGUGAAUUUUGGAUAUGAUUACUGUCAAGAUCAAGAUGUUGCAUCUAAAUCUUUGAACCUUCAGGUCUUCACAAGUAAAGCAGCCAGACUUUCCGGCAUGCUGAGCACAGACAUCAAUGAAAUCUGUGGGAGCUUGCAGGUGGAUUGUAACAAAUUAUGUUUAUUGUUUGAGGUUUUUAAAGUUUUAUGUUUUUUCCCCCCAGGUUACAACAAAACUUUUACAGUUUCUCUAGAAAGAACAGAAUCUCAUGAAUUGAAGGAAGUGGCUUUUAUGAAUCUUGACUAUUACGUGGCUGCUUAUUUGCCUGGCCAGUUCCUGCACCUCCUGAACGUUCAACAUCCUGACCUGCUGUGCUAUAGUUUAUUUCUGACAGGUGAGAAUGCAAGAAUUGACACACUACAAAACUGUUCCAUCCGGUCCCCAUGGGUGUCAACAGUCCUGGCCUGUGAUGCAGGAAGUCUGUACAAUGUGAGCAUCAGUGACAGUGCCUUGCUGCAGUUCCUACAGAAGAGCAAACGAGACUGUGAGAGACUGGCAGCUCUGCAUUGUGCCCUGCUCUACUUCCAACACACAGAAGACUUGGAAAUGCAGAUUAUUCGAUGGAUUUCUGAGAACCUGUCAACAUGUCAUUCUUUUGACCCCAUUCAAGAAUUUAUCAUUGCCUCCCUGUACUGCAGAAUGUGUCCAGAAAUUCAGAACCUGGAUAAACUCUUGCCCUACACAUCACUGCAUGACUGGAUUGGGGUUGUCCCUGGAGUAAUAUGUGCCACAGACAUUAUUUCUCUACCUGUGUUGGAGUUCCAAAACUCCAAAGGUUUCUGGGAGAAACUCAACUCAAACUUGGAGAGUGUGAAGUAUGCAGAGCCACACUUGCACUACCACAGUAACGCGCUCAGGAGGGAAUGGCGAAACCUUUCGGAAGAGAGAGAGGAGAGAAGAGCCACAGCAUAUUUGAGGAAUAUUUUUGAAAAUGCCAAAAAGGUGCUUUCUCAUCUGGACACUUGGGACUCUGAGGCAAGGCUGGUACCUCUGUUUGAAGAGGAGGAUUAUCAGCAGCAGUUGCUCAUGGGACUGAUGGUUGUUCAGCUGAAGGAUCACCUUAUGAGACAUCUACAAUAUGUUGGAAAAAAGAAGAUUGACCAAAUAGUUUUGGAUUACGUUGCAAACCUGCUGAAUCUGGUGCAUCGAAUAAUGAAAGAAGUGUGGCGGAGAUACCAGCUUCAUUCCUGUAUCUUCUGCUUUGAUGAGAGAGGAACUGCAGGAGAAUUUGCGGUGUUCCACAUCAUGAGUCGGAUUUUGGAAGCAGCAAAUGGCAUGUGCAUACCUUUACCUCCUGGGUUUCACACUCUGCACCUGGGUCUUGGUGUUCGAUGUCUCCCUCUGCACACCCUCCUGCACUAUAUUGACAAUGGGAUCUUGCAAUUGACAGAAACAUGUGUCAGGAAAUUGCUGAAAGAUCUGGAUGACACUGAACAGAAUGAAAAGCUGAAGUUUAGUAUUGUCAUGAGGCUUCCAGAGGCUCUUGGUCAAAAGGUCUGCCAGUACUGGAAUCAUCCGAUAAAUGCAAACUUAAUAGCACGGAAAUAUGUGAAACUUUUGCUUGGGAAGCUGGGAAACAGACAGUGCAGCAGGCCUAUCCCUGAGAGACUCUCCAUCCCCGUGGAGUUUUUGCCACUGAACUACCUGACUAACAUGCUGGCAGAGAUAGAGAAUCAAGGUGUGCAUCCAUAUGAGAAACAAGACCAUGUAAAUGCAAGAUUUGUAGAGGAAACAGCACUCAAGCACACUAUGACACUCCUGGGUCUCAAAUAUUCCUGAAAUAACAUGCUGUUGAAGAAGGCUGUCAAACUGUGGUGCCUCUGUAAAAGUAUUUAUUUAAAUGCAAUGUUGCUUCUCAAGUAACUUGCAAUGUUGGGUAGUCACCAGUACUGACAUGAGCUACUCAAAACAGUGUUUGGCCCAACAGACUGAGGUUGAAAUUAUUAACUUCUAGAUAAAUCCUAGAGAAAUGCAUUUGACAUAACCCCAGGUUUGAAAUAUGUCUGUGGGUUCAUUUUGAAGUGGUCAAGGAAGUGGAACAACAGUGGGUGUCAAAACAUGCUGUGAAAAUCGGUAUAAAUAUCACUUCUUUUAACAAGACAAUGCUGGAAGAGGCUGUCCAGUUGUACAGUAACAAUAACCAGUAACUGUUUACUUGGAUUAAUGAAAGGAUUUCUAGGUGUGAUUGUGUAAAGCAGGUAAGAAUAACAAAUUACUUUUUAUGUCAGGCAUGAGUAAAGAGGUAUUCAUUCCUUGUGGUGGUAUCAGUUAUCUUAUGGUACUUCUGCUUCUAAAGCUGCAUUCUAAUAUUUUCAGUUUUGUUAUUAGCACGAAAUAUAAUCUGCUUAAAGUGCAUGUGACAGAUUUUGUUGGGGGUUUGUAGAGUUUUUUUGUUGUUUUUUAAAGAUGUGUAUAAUAUAUUGUAAGUAAUAUAGGAUAAGAAAAAAGUUUUAGAAAUUGAUCUUAACAGUGGCUUGGACAGAGUUUUACAUAAUUCUUACAGCUUCUAGUGUUACAGUUCAAAUUUCAGCUUCAGAAAGAAAUCAGGCAGGCUGUUUUUCCUUUGUUUUCAACUUCUGUUUGUAUGUAACUGAGCCAAUAUUGUUUGCUCUUUUAAGUUCUGAACUGUGAUAUUAAUUUAAAAUGGUAAUAGCAUUUUGCUACACAGAGAAAAUUCCCAAGUUGUCCCAUGCAGGAUUUCUGCAGCCUUUAUUGGAUUAAAAAAAAAAACUCUACAAAAUUCCAGAUUAUUAAACUAGAGAAACUCCUCAAAAUUUAAUAUAUUUGGGAGGUUUUCAAAACAACCUCUGAUAUUCUCUCUGAGUAGUUUCCAUUGAUGCUCCCUUGUUCCUUAUAAAUGAAAUAAAAAGAUCCAGUUCCAGGGAGUGAUGUGGCAAGUUCAUGGUCACCCCCUUGUCAUUGCCAUCAGUGAAGCUUUAGCAUUCUCAGUGACUGCAUAGUGAGAAGGAAUAUUUGUCUUAAUAUAAUUAGAAUUUCUCUGUCAAGAAUUUCUGUCUAGGACUCCAGUCCCACACUGCAGAAAGCCAUGUUGAUGUGUGUGUGUGUUUAAGUGAUGGCCGCUUUGUAUUAUAUUAAUAACAGGAGAAGAUUUUCUAGCCUUUUCUUUUUAAUGAAUGUAUUAUAACAUACCUUCAGAUGCAAUAAAACUUCACCUGGAAAAAAAAAAA